AUGAAGGACUACCACUACUACCAUUACUAUUGGGAUGACUGCGCGACAGCAGACAACGCGUCUGAGAAGAACUGUACGCGUCUCACGGAUCCAGACUUAUUUUCCAAUUACUAUUACUUUGAUUAUGAACUGAACAAGGGCCCGCCAAAUGUGACGCAGUUUUUCAUUCCGUUUGUUUUUACGGUGGCGUUUCUUAUCGGAAUCGUGGGAAACGUGCUCAUCGUGAUCGCAGUUAUCAGAAAUAAAAACAUGCGGACUUUGACCAACUUUUAUUUUCUCAAUCUGGCCCUGGCGGAUUUGGUGUUUUUGGUGUUUUGUGUGCCGUAUACUACCACCGUGUAUGUCUUGGAGUCUUGGCCAUUUGGGCAGUGGAUGUGUAAGUUGACCAAUUACCUUAUGAUUGUGACAAUGGCAACUUCCAUAGCGACGUUGACAGCGAUGACAAUCGACAAACACUACACCAUAUUGUACCCUAGUAGUUACAUCCGUNAAAAAUUGUUUGUUUAUUUUGUAAACAUCCCCAUUGUCCGGUAUAGGUUUUCCAUUGUUCAAAUGAUGUAA